AUGCUCUACCGCGGACCGAGCACCCGACUGGAAACGUUGAUUGAGAAGAUUCAGCAAAGUACGCACGGCCCCGGCAUGAUCGCUCCCGGCGCCAUUGCCGGUUUGAAAGAUUUCGCCCUCGGCCAAGAGCUCUACUCCCCGCACACGUCCUCCAGCUUUUCGCCCUCGAUGUCGGACGGAAUGGCCACCCCAAACUCGAUCACGCACGACGGUGGUGCCGCUCACGGCGGUCCCGAACCGGAUGCUGCUGAGGUGGGUUGUGGAGAAAAGUCCAGCUUCCGUGCGGCCGGCAACAACCCGUCACAGAUCGGGCACCCUCAUCAUCACCCGCGGCACCAUCAUCUUCACUACCACCAUCGGCGAUCGGGCGGCGGCGGCGGAGGCCACCCGAAGGAGGGCAAAAUGUCGCGGAGUCACCACCAUCACCACAACAACAACAAUAGUAGCAGCCACAACAACAACAAUCACACGAACAGCAACAGCAAAAACGUGGACGGCACCUAUCACUGUCAGUUCUGCGACAAGACGUUCCCGCGGCUCGGCUACCUCAAGAAGCACGAACAGAGCCACACGGAGCACAUGCCGUUCAAGUGCGAGUACUGCGCGCGCCUCUUCAAGCACAAGCGGUCCCGGGAUCGGCACACAAAACUUCAUACGGGCGAUCGCCGUUAUCGCUGUCUGCACUGCGAGGCCGCCUUUUCGCGCAGUGAUCAUCUGAAGAUCCACAUGAAAACGCACGACAACCAGAAGCCGUUCCAGUGUACGAUCUGCAACCGGGGCUACAACACGGCGGCCGCACUGACGAGCCACAUGCAGAACCACAAGAAGCAGCUGGCGCUCACCGGUAGCCCCAACCUCACGUACAGUCCCCGGUCGACCACCAGUUCCCUGUCGAGUGGCGGAAGCAAACGGGCCGCAAAGUUCUCGCCCUACGCCACCAACUCGAACCACUCCGCCGCCGAUCCACUGGCUCUGUUGGGUGGACGCACCGGUUCAAAGCUGGUGCUGGCGAAGGGCUCCAUCCAGUCGAACGCGAACCGAACACCGACCCCCGGUGGUGGUGGCGGAGGCAAGGGUGCCGGAUCGGAACCGGAUCCGUUCGCCUGUCCGUACUGUACCCGGAAGGACUUUAGCAGCCUGGAGCAGCUUGGGCUUCACGUCCAAUCGAUGCACGGUGGCCCUCUCGGUGGGGUGGUUCUGGGUGCCGCCGAUGGUUACUUCGCUCCGCAGCGUGUCCGCCGUGCUGUGACCCCUGACGGAGGGGGCACCACGACCACGACGACGACGACGUACCCUCCCAUAGCGUGCGAGUUCUGUACGAUGAAGUUCCCCACCGUGCCGCUGAUGUUCGCGCACCUGAAGGCGACCCACUUGGACCGGCUGGCGGCAGGACCCGCCCCGCAUCGGGUGUCACCGAACGGAGCCCGAUCACCCGCCGGGAUGCGCCCGUCCCGGCUGUCCGGUGGUUACCCGUCGCUGGAGCACCUUCAGUUUAACACCAAAAGCCUCCUCAGCAGCACCUUCUCGUCGCUUUACGGCGGAUUAGGAACCGGAGCUCCUCCUGCGACCACCAUCAAGUCUGAGUUACGGUCCACCACCGAUGGAACGGUUCGGAGGGAGCACGACGACGACGAUGAGGAAGAUGAAAGCGGCGCAGAACCGGACCGAAAGCGGCGUCGAAGGGAACCGCGAAACGAAGAAGAUGAUCCACUCGACGGCGAUGACGAUGACGAUGCAGAGGACGCCAUUGAGGACGAAGAUGAGCGUGCGGCUUCUGCGAUCGGUGGCGAGGAGUCCGAAAUCCGCAGUCCAUCGCACAGCGGUGGACCCGAAAAUGGAACCAUCAAGCAGGAACGGAAGGACACGGAACCGGGAGCUACCUCAGGGAGUGCCUCAUCAUCAUCGGCCCGUUCGUCACCGUACGAGGCACGCGGAUCCGGAUCUCCACGGGCGCCGUCGCAGCCCGUCCGAGAGGGCCUCCCGGCGGAGCAGCUUACCCCGACCGAUCUCAGUCAGCCGAAGAUGAAGCGCCUCAAGCUGGAAGCCCCCGACGAGCAGCCUCCGGAGGGUGAACCCGAAGUGAGGAAGACCGCCGCGGAGCGUCCACCGAGCCAGCAGCGUCGUCCACGCGCCGCACGGCGGGAGAGUGAAACGCGGGGUGAACCACACUCGCUUACUUCACUGCCGCAGCACCGGAUGGCGCUCCAUCCCCAAUCGUCCGGUCCGCCGGCCCCAUCCUCAUUGGCCCCUCCAGGAGCCUACCUUUGCAACCAGUGCAAUGCGGCGCUGCCCGACUUUGAGUCCUUUCGGGCGCACCUGAAGGCGCACCUGGAACAGAACAGUGCCAACUGCCUGGCCGCUAUGGCCGGCUCCACGUCGUCCGCCACGGCCGGUGCCCUUUCGCUGUCGACGUUCCUCUGCCAACAGUGCGGGGCCACGAUGGGCUGCCAGGCCGAGUACGAGCAGCACACGAUCGGUCACUUCCUCGUCACCGGCGUCGAGUAUCGGUGUCAGGCGGGCGGCGGUGCCACUUGCCAGUCCGCCCUGGGCGGGAAGAAUGCGUUCGCGAAGGUCGAAGAACUCCACAAGCACCUGUACGAGGGUCACCUGCAGCUCCUGUACAAGUGUACUGCGUGCGGGGAAACGUUCGACUCGAAGGUCCAGGUGCAGGUCCAUUUUGCGGUGAGUCACUCGCUCGAGGUGAAGCUGUACCGGUGCUCCGGAUGCGCCGAAGCCACCUUCCGCACGGAGCGCGACUUUCGUCAACACAUCCGCAGUCGCCAUCUGACGGGCGGCGCCGUGCAGUGUAUGUUCUGCCGCGUGGUCUGCUCGUCGGAACUCGAGAUGCACUUUCACCUCGCUUCGCACGCCCGCAAAUACAAAUGCCCGGCCUGUCCCGAGUCGUUCCACGUGGAGUUUCUCCUCGAUCGGCACCUGCAGACGCACCACAGCCAGAAGGAACUGGCUUCGCCGAGCCGGCGCAGUGGGGAAUCCAGUUCCGGCGCUCAUCAGAACAGUGCCGCUCCAACGUCAACGGCCACGGCGACCACGACGCCAUCGAGCGGCCUAGACUACCUGCAACUACACGGCCAGAUGGCAGCGAUGGCCGCAGCGGCAGCCGCCGCUUCCGGUGGCUGGCCUACGCUCUACCAGACGGCCAACAAGUUCUACGGCAACCAGCUGCACGUGGACACGCUCGGCGGAAUGAAGCACCCGCAGCAACUUCUGCACGGGUUCUACGACACCAUGCUGGGAAAGGCCACGGCUACGAGCCAUCAGCAUCAGCACCCGCGGUCUGCGUUCCUGCCGGAGACCGCGGCCGUCACGGCCUCGAACGUUCCUCCGGCAGCCGGCGCCACCGCCAGUAACAAAUCGAACCCGUUUCUCAGUCUUUCACCUAACGCGACCGCUGCCAAUCCGCUGCUGGGAUUGGGCUAUGGUUCCACCGGCCAGAUCUGCCCGGCAAAUGGGUUGUAUUCUCCCGAGACCACUACGGGUGCCGCCGUUCCCACCAACGGUGCAACGGCGAGUUCCACUCCAGGAGGCUCCAAGCUUUACUCCCCAAUCGGCAGCCUGUGCCACUCACGGUACACGGCCGAAAACGGUCCCGGUGGACCCGCUACUGAGUCACCCAAACUGAACGCCCCACAAGCGUCUUGUACCGGGUCCGGGACGACAAGUAAGGGGUUGACAGGUUCCGCCCCGUCGAGCAGCGGACCUCCACCACCGCUGACUUCCGGCGGCGGUAGCUACAGUUGUGGCAUUUGUGAGCGCACCGAUUUCGGGACCGAAAGUGAGGUCCAGACGCACCGCAAGAUCGUGCACAACCUCAAGACGGGCGUCAGUUUGCGGUGCGCGUACUGCAACGGGGAUUUCCGGUCCAGGAACGAGCUGGAGAACCACAUGAAGAUCGCGCACAAUACGGGUGGCGGCAAGCACAAGUGUUUGAUUUGCGACGAAAUCUUCCCAUCACCCGCCGUCCUGGCCGAGCACAAGCUGUCCCACUGCAAGGUCGGUGCGUCCGGGCGCUGCUCGCACUGUGCUCUGCCGCUCCCGGAUGCUCACACCUUCAAGCAGCAUCUCCCGGCGCACCAGCCGCAGGUCGCUGGUGGUUCCUCAACUCCGGCGGCUGCUGGCCAGGCGGUCCCUUCGUCGGCAGAUCGGUCCGCCACCGGUGGCACUGCUGGGCCCAGUGGAGCAUCUUCUGCGCCCUCCAACGGUACGAGCGGUACGACGAGUAGUACCGGUGGUGGUGGAUCCGGCUCGGAACAGGAUCGGUUCCCGCAGCAAUGCAUCUGCUGCCGGCAGACGCUAAACUCCGAGUUUGAAAUCAGUCUGCACGCCAAAUUCCACACCAAGUCACCGGACACGAACGAGCGGACGUGCGCCCUCUGCCUGGAACCGUUGCCAUCGCAACCGGAAGCGUCGGCGACUAAGAUCUGCGAUCCGUGCCUCAAGCGACACAACUUCCCGUCCAAGCUGCUGUCGAUGAACUUUCUCAAACCUCCGACGACGGCCACGGCCACCAGUGUUCCGACCGCUACUACAACUACCGCUACGACAACCCUCUCGUCGUCCCAUCAUCAUCGAAUGGCCACCUCACCCGAACCCACCCUUGGGUCGUCUCCACCGUCGGUACAGUGUAACCUGUGCAGAAAGGCGCUCCCGUCGGCGCACAAACUGCAGGAGCACCUGAUCGAUCACACGUUUGCCGGCUGCGAGGAGCGUGGCUACGUGUGCUACAUCUGUUCGGCCGUCUUCACCUCGUCCGCCGGCCUGCAGGCCCACCUGCCGGUGGCGCACUCGAACGCGACCGCCAAACCGUACGACUGCGAGCGGUGCGGUGUGGCGUACUUCUUCCGUGCCGAACUCGAGCACCAUCUGGCCGAGCACGAGCUGGGACGACGAGAAGAAGAAGACCAGCAGUGGCCAGCAGCAGUGGCCGUGGGAGGAAGCCACAUCAAGCAGGAACGGGCCGAAGACGAAGAGGAGCUGGUCGAAGAAUGCGGAAUGCUGGAACCGGGAGGGAUCGCUGGUGAUGGAGAGGCUGAAGAGAACCAAGAAGAUGGACAGGAUGAAACGGAUACGGAUGCCGAUACGGAGACGCUUCAGAAUGAACUUCCUCCGAACAGUGGCGAUGACGAUGCUGAUGCUGAUGCUGAUGAGGAUCAUCAAGAGGAGAUGGCCGUCGAAGACGAAGCAGAACCAGCGGAAGAUGAUGGCGACGUGGAAGAGGAAGAAGAGUACAUCGAGGUGGAACACACGGUGCUGGAGGAGUCAACCACCCGCGCGACCAACGCGAUCGGCUACGGAAAGGAUCCGCGAUCAGCGAUAUCCGCUUCACCGUCGCUCGUCACCGUCACUGCAACGGAAUAA